AUGGCUACAGCAAGUCCACCACCCCAAGCCAGGCCCCGACCCCCCAAGCAGUUUCUCGAAUUGCUCUCUCGAGAUAGUAUCCGGUUUCUCCAUCCGGGCUAUCGAACUGAAAAUAUACUCCUGAGUCUCGCUCGUGUCGAUAGAACAACAUCGACUUCUAUCCAUGGGGUACAUCAUGGAACGGCCCUCACAGCUUGCCAGAUCAUCGCUGGCAAUGCUUUCACGAACAGCUUCCUUGCACUAGAUAAAGAGGGUCUUCAACAAGUACGGGUACCGGUACACGACAUCUUAACAGAAGAGGAGUACUACUUUAUCGUUGAAGGCUCCGAACGAUAUCCCAUUGUCCCAAGCUUCCAAGAUUGGGAGUUUCCCCAUAGUCGCAUCCCCGAUUGGUGGCCUUCAGUCGUUACCACCCCCGUCUCGACGUCGGAUUGUGCUAUUACCAACGCUGGUUAUGCCGUUGGUGAAGCCCAUCUCGUCCCGAAGGAGGAAAGAGUUUGGUAUACGGAAAAUCAAAUGUCCCGAUAUGGGGUAGGUCUGCCUGAUAUCGAUAACAGAGCGAACAUCCUUCCUCUUAGGAAGGAUAUACACUACUCGUUCGACGCUCGAUGGUUCGUUAUUGUUCCAAGGAUGGUCACUACGAACUCUUCCCUUAUGCCGUCCCUCCAAUACGUCACGCAUAUCAUUUCACGUGACGCGGCCGAAUUAUGGCCCGCAUAUCAUCUCGCCCUCGUCGAAUCCCUCCGGACAGACUCCCGCGCUUACCUCUUUGCCCGUUUCGCUUGGGCCAUCCUUUUCCAAGUCAAGCUCUUCGUCACAGCAGGCCGGCGACGUCACGUUAUCCAAGUUUCUCGAGAUGAAGCUGGCGAUGCAAAGUACGAGGCAAAGUUUCGUACCGGGACAGAGCUCGAGAAGGCAUACGGCGGUGGCGGAUCAAAGACAGCAACCCCACUAAUUCCAAAGAAGAGGGGGUCCGGGCAAGGCAGUACAGCAAAUGACGAAGCCAGCUUUGCUGAGUUAUCCGGGGACAGUGAUACCGAUAUACAGGAUGUGGAUAGCCUGUGGGAUAUCACGAGUAACUGGAGAGAGAGGGGAGGAGAAAGAAGACAAGAGUCUUCAGAAGAAACUGCCCCCGAUACCAAGGUACACCUAGCGCCAGAAGUCGAGGCCGGCCUUAGGGCGUUUUUACGCAAGGGCGUCUCGCAGCUGUAG